AUGAGUUCCGUGCAAGAACGUUUACAAUUAAAACGUGUGCCACUAGACACAUGGAAUAUACGCGAGAAGUUAUUUCUUGCAUCUGCUGUAGUGCGGAGUGGUGAUCAAAAUUGGAUGUCGGUAUCCAGGGCUUUGAAAACUAUGGGAGAACCUAACAGACCUCCAGAUUGGUAUUCACAGAAAAGCUGUGCCGCUCAAUAUGGAGCCCUGUUAGAGCAUGUGGAGACUCCAAAACGUAAAAAACGUAAUUCUGAAGGGGCUGUAGAGACCCCACAAGAGAGUAUAUUGAAGCGUCUAAUGCAACAAAGAGUUUUAGAAAUCCAAGAGAAUCUGAAGGAAAUGGAAAAACAGUAUGACCAGAUUAAAAAUGAAAUAACAGAACUACGCAGUCCAUCAACUCCAGACGAGCGUAUACAGGAGCUGUGGACGGAGAUAGAGACAGCCAAACGUUUGAGGGAGAGGGAGAAUGCGCGGAGAGCUGCUUGGCUUAAAGAAAGAGAAGAAAGAAGAGCAAGAGCAGAGAGACCAUGGAGGCCUUCACAGACACCACCACCUACUACUCCGACCACAGCGCCCCCAUCGUCGCCUCUACUGACAUCACUACUCAAGUCCUCCCCGGUAGUGACCACCCCACAGCAUAUUCCACAUCCAGCGACUGUUGUUGAUUCAGUAUCUCCUUCCGCAGGAGCUCCGACUCUAUCUCUCUUGCUGGAACAACCCCACGCUCAAGAGAGUAAACACGCAGCUAUCGAACAUAUAAAGAGUCAAUUGGUUCAAAUUGAGCAUCAGUUGAAAGCAAGCAGCCAGUCCGGUGUUCCAGCGGUUGAUAUAGACGAUAUAGAAAUAAAGGCGGAGGAUGUUUACGCGUUUAGAGAUAUAGACAUACACAUACCGCCAGUGGCUCUACACAAGGGGACUGUACGUAUAACGGAAAAACCUGUUUCCAAAAAAGAGGACGAAGUAGCACCAGAGCCGGAGAUGAUGGAAGCUGUGGUUGAAGAUAUAAAGGAGGAACCGACAGCAGAAGAAUCUGUUCCAGAAGAAAGUUUUACAACAACCAAUAUACAGACGGUGGAAGAACCACAGAUAGAAGAAACACAGGAAAUACAAGAAGAGAUGGAACCGAAACCGCAACAACAGCCGCAACCGGAAGCGGAAGUGAAAAUAGUGUUUCCGGAAGUCAAAUUUCCGACGCCGGAAAUUAAAGUUAUACAACCUGAUGAACAAAAGAUUAAAGAAGAAACGAAAGAACCGGAAACAGUUCAAGUAGAGAAGAUUAUAGAAGAAAAAGAAGAAACUCCACCUAUAGAAGAGAGAGUGGAAGAACCAACUCCAAUAACAGAAGAAGAACCAAAACAAACGAUAGUGGAGGAAAACAACCAAGAAGUAACCGCAGUACCGGAACCAAAACCUGAACCGGAACCAGAACAAGAAACAAUCGUAGCCCAACCAGAAGUUCCCGACCCACAAGACAUACCGUUGCCAGAGGAAGAAGUAAAAGAAGAAGAAAAAGAAGCUGAAAAGCCUGUGCCGGAAGAAGAGCAACAACCGGAAGUGGUUAAACAUGAAGAAGAUAUUAAAAAAGAAGAAGAACCCGAAGUGAAGGAAGAAGUUAAAGAAGAAGAAAUUGUUGAAGAGAAAAAAGAAGAGACUAUAGAGGAAAAAGUGGAUGAAGAUAGCAAAAAGGGUGGAGAUGAAGAUGCUGAGGACUCAAUACCUCUCAAGGAGAUGAUGAGAGAAGAAUUAUCAGAAGUGAAGAGAGAAGAAGUGGUAGAAGAAGACACUCAUACAGAGACAGAUGACGACACGCCUAUGGAGCUCAGUAGAGAAGAAGAGAAGGAUGGGAAGAAGAAAAGAGAUUAUUCCAGAAAAAAGAAGUCUGACUCCAGAACGUGUUCAGGGUCAGAGAGUGCGCCGGAGUCGCCGAGUGGGUCUGAUGCUGAAAGGCAGCAUCGCUUGUGGAGGAAGAGUGUCAUGUUGGUGUAUAGCAGGCUGUGCGCGCACAAGUACGCGUCGCUGUUCCUGCGGCCCAUCACGGACGAGGAGGCGCCCGGCUACAGCGCCGUCGUGCGCCGCCCGCAGGACCUCGCGCACAUCCGCCGCGACAUCGACGCCGGACACAUACGCACGACGGCGCAGUUCCAGCGCGCGGUUCUGCUGAUGCUGAGCAACGCGCUGAUGUACAACAGCUCCUCACACAGUGUCUACUCCAUGGCCAAGGAGAUGCACGAGGAGGCGCAAUGUCAGCUCAACAUGUUGGUGGCGGCGCAGGCGCACGCCGGCCUCUGCGCGCCGCGCCGCAAGCGCAGGAGAUACGCACUCGAC